AUGACUACUUGGUAUGACCUCCCGGCAGAGAUGAGGCAGAAUAUCCUCGAGUACCUUUUCAGCGACUCGACAAUUAAAUUUAUUCCUCGACAUGCUGCCACACGAACCACUAAGACAAAACAAAAUAAGGAGAAAGAAGCAGAAGGCUCAGGCUCAGUCGAUGCGAUCACAUCAUUACUGCUUGUAUCGAAACACUUUUUAAAAUACAGGGAACUUGAAUCUGUGCUGUUGAGUGGUGCGACAAUCGGACUGGACGAGCCAAGAGCCUUGCACAAGAUAGAGAAGCGCUUCACUGUUGAAGGUUUGGCGUGUAUUCGAAGUCUUCUCAUCUUUUACAACCUGAAACAUUGGAGACGUCACGCGCCAGGUGCCCUCCCCACCGGGGCUUCUAUCAAGACCAAACUGAAGGGUUUGCAGAAACUUACGAUAUACCUUUCCGAUGUGCCAUAUCACUUGCCUUCUUGUCCCUUCACUGUUCUGGAGACGGCCAGAGUGGCAAUGGGAGGCUCGAUUGACGCGACAGAACGCGAUGUAAUGUUCGCCUAUGGCAUGGUGUGCCGUCUUUCAGGCACCCAGGAAGGGUUGACCAAGCGAGCACAACGAGCGACGCAAGGACUACUGGCGCGUUAUCUGGACUUCUAUAGUUACAUUCUGUCGAAGCCGUUGUUCAUUCUGAUGCAUCCCGAAGUCGGCCCAAAAAAAUACGAGCGCGUUUUGCAGUGGAAUGUCGACUUCGUAUCGCCAGAUCAGGAGAAAAUGCAACAGCAGACAAUCAAGUUUAGUACUAAGAACUGGUGUGUCGAACCUGAAGCAGGCGAGCGCUCCUUUUACCCUCCGCAACGUUUACGGCGUCCCGAAUAUGGAAAAGCAUAUCCCUUGUGGGAUAGUGAGACUAAAGCUGUUGCACUGGACAAGUACUACACUGUUAGGUCUUGA